UCCCUUUUCCCCAGGCCUUGUGCCCUUCCGUCGGUGGGCCGCUCCGGCGGUGUGUUGGUGUACGAUGGCGCGGUGGGACACUAGGUGCUACCGCCGGGGACUGUGAUGUCAGAGCCCAACAGCCCGGUCGAGAGCCGGCGCGGCGCUCCCAGAUUCUUUGUGGGCUGCGAGGACGAUGAGAGCGAGGGUGUGGAGGACAGCAUGAGGACAGACAUGGAGCUGUAUGAAGACGAUGAAGAGGCAGAUUCGCCCCUGGAGCGACAGAUCAUGGUAGGGAUCUGCUGCAUGAUGAAGAAGUCCAAGUCCAAGCCCAUGACCCAGAUCCUGGAGCGGCUGUGCAGGUUCGACUACAUCACCGUGGUCAUCUUUCCUGAGGAUGUCAUCCUCAAUGAACCUGUGGAGAACUGGCCCCUGUGUGACUGCCUCAUCUCGUUCCACUCCAAAGGGUUCCCACUGGAUAAGGCCGUGAGUUAUGCCAACCUCAGAAACCCGCUGCUCAUCAAUGACCUGAACAUGCAGUACUACAUACAAGACAGGAGGGAGGUUUAUCGUAUCUUGCAGGAAGAAGGGAUUGAUCUACCACGUUAUGCUGUUUUGAACCGUGACCCAGAUAAGCCGGACGAGUGUAACCUGGUGGAAGGUGAAGACCACGUGGAGGUGAACGGGGAGGUGUUCCCCAAGCCCUUUGUGGAAAAGCCAGUCUCUGCUGAGGACCACAAUGUCUACAUCUACUACCCCACCUCAGCGGGGGGAGGCAGCCAGCGCCUCUUCAGAAAGAUCGGGAGUCGGAGCAGUGUGUACUCCCCGGAGAGCACAGUGAGGAAGACGGGCUCUUACAUCUAUGAAGAGUUUAUGCCAACAGAUGGCACGGAUGUCAAGGUGUACACGGUGGGCCCAGACUAUGCUCACGCGGAGGCUCGCAAGUCUCCAGCCUUGGAUGGGAAGGUGGAGAGGGAUAGCGAGGGCAAGGAGAUCCGCUACCCUGUCAUGCUGUCAGCCAUGGAGAAACUGGUUGCCCGCAAGGUCUGCCUCGCAUUCAAGCAAACGGUGUGCGGGUUUGACCUUCUCCGAGCCAACGGACACUCCUAUGUAUGUGAUGUCAAUGGCUUCAGUUUCGUCAAGAACUCCAUGAAGUAUUAUGACGAUUGUGCCAAGAUCCUGGGGAACAUAGUGAUGCGAGAGCUUGCUCCUCAGUUCCAGAUCCCCUGGUCAAUUCCCACUGAGGCAGAGGACAUCCCAAUCGUCCCUACAACCUCCGGGACCAUGAUGGAGCUUCGCUGUGUGAUUGCGGUUAUCAGGCAUGGAGAUAGAACUCCCAAACAGAAGAUGAAGAUGGAGGUUCGAAAUCCCAUGUUCUUUGACCUUUUUGAAAAAUAUGGAGGAUACAAAACGGGAAAGUUGAAGCUGAAGAAGCCGAAACAGCUACAGGAGGUGCUGGACAUCACCCGUCAGCUAUUGGCUGAAUUGGGGCAGCAUGAGGACUGUGAGAUAGAGGAGAAGAAGUCCAAACUGGAACAGCUGAAAACUGUUCUGGAAAUGUACGGACACUUCUCUGGGAUCAACAGGAAAGUGCAGCUGACCUACCUUCCUUAUGGUCAGCCCAAAACCUCCAGUGAGGAGGAGGAUACGCGAAAGGAGGGGGCUUCCCUGCUGCUGGUGCUGAAGUGGGGGGGAGAGCUCACCCCCGCAGGCCGAGUCCAGGCUGAGGAACUUGGGAGAGCUUUUCGCUGCAUGUACCCCGGAGGACAGGGGGACUACGCUGGUUUCCCUGGCUGUGGGUUGCUACGGUUACACAGCACCUACAGACACGACCUGAAGAUCUACGCAUCAGACGAGGGCAGGGUGCAGAUGACAGCUGCAGCUUUUGCCAAGGGGCUGCUAGCGCUGGAGGGGGAGCUGACUCCCAUAUUGGUGCAGAUGGUAAAGAGUGCCAACAUGAAUGGACUGCUUGACAGCGACAGUGAUUCACUGAGCAGUUGUCAGCACCGCGUUAAAGCCCGCCUCCAUGAGAUCCUGCAGAAAGACCAGGACUUCACAGAGGAAGACUACGACAGGCUGGCCCCAACCUGCAGUGCCUCUCUUGUGAAUUCUAUGAAGAUUGUCCAGAGUCCAGUGAAAACAUGUGACCAGGUCUACAGGCUGGUCCAGAGCCUCACCUCCCAAAUCCGCAAGAGGAUGGAGAAUCCCAAGUCUGCAGACCUACAGCUCUACCACAGUGAGACCUUGGAGCUGAUGCUCCAGCGCUGGACCAAACUGGAGAGAGACUUCCGCAUGAAGAGCGGACGAUAUGACAUCAGCAAGAUCCCCGACAUCUAUGACUGUGUGAAGUACGAUGUCAUCCACAAUGCCUCGCUGGGCCUGGAGGACACGCUGGAGCUCUUCAGGCUGUCCCGCGCCCUGGCUGAUGUGGUCAUACCUCAGGAAUAUGGCAUUAACAAGGUGGAGAAGCUGGACAUAGCCUAUGCCUACUGCCUCCCACUGAUCAGAAAGAUCCAGAUGGACCUCCAGAGAACACAUGAGGAUGAAUCGGUCAACAAGUUACACCCUCUGUACUCUCGAGGAGUGUUGUCGCCCGGGCGCCAUGUCAGAACACGUUUAUAUUUCACCAGCGAGAGUCACGUGCACUCUCUGCUCAGCAUCUUCCGCUACGGAGGCCUGCUGGACGAGGAGAAGGACCAGCAGUGGAGGCGGGCCAUGGAUUACCUCAGCGCCGUCUCUGAGCUCAACUACAUGACUCAGAUAGUGAUCAUGCUGUAUGAGGACAACGAUAAGGAUAUCAUGUCCGAGGAACGCUUCCAUGUAGAGCUCCACUUCAGCCCAGGGGUCAAAGGCGUGGAGGAGGAGGAGAAUGCCCCGACCGGCUUCGGGUUUCGACCCGCCUCUGCAGAGAACGGGCAGAAACAGACCGACCCGGGUAGCCUGGAGGACCUGUCACGCGACGAGACUGACCGGGCUGUCCCUCUGUCUGAGCCAAUAAACAUCCAGAAGAAGUCCCCAUUAAUUCGUAACCAAAAGACUGGCUCUAUGGAGGUCCUAUCGGAAACUUCGUCCUCCAAAAUAGGCAGCUACCGCCUCUUCCCGUCCUGUUCCCGACAGUCUCCGGAGAUGAAACAGAGCGGGCUCGGCUCUCAGUGUGCCGGUCUCUUCAGUACUACUGUCCUGGGGGGGUCCUCUAGUGCCCCCAACCUGCAGGACUACGCACGCACACACCGCAAAAAAUUCUCCUCUGGCAGUCUGUCCUACAAAGACGGUUUUGAGGGCUACUCCAUGGUGCCCUCCAUCUACCCGCUGGAAACGCUGCACAACUCCCUGUCACUCAAACAGGUCAAUGAGUUCCUCACCACCAUCUGUGAGAACGCAGGAGAUGCACAUUCCAGGACGACCCGAGGUCAGAAACCAACGCACCUCUCCCUCACUCUGUCGGCCAUGUUUGACCCUCAGAACCCACCGUCGGUGGAUGCGUACAUUCCGCAGAGAGUCCUCACCUCCUCCAUCUCCCUCAGGUCCCGGUCUGACAGGCCUCCAUGGUAUAGCAGCGGUCCAUCCAGUACCGUCUCCAGCGCUGGUCCGUCUUCUCCCACCACGGCGGACACCUCCCCCCGCUUCAGCUUCGGUGAGAAGAUCUCCCUCACCCCCCAGAGCAGCGAAGAGACCCAUCCCUCUUGCCAACCAGCACCCAACCCGGCCUCGCAGGCCCCGGACCCAGCCCGUCCCAACUGUUCUACCGCAGCCAGCCCCUCAGAUGACCCACCACCGGGUCCCGGGGACCUGUCGCAGGACGCCGAGGAUCCUGCCGCGUCCUAUCCUCGAGACAUACCAGAGGAGACCGACGGAGCAUCGAGCCGAGGGCUGCCGUGCUCCCAGCUGGCCGAGCUGUCUCUGGCUCGGAUGGAGGGAUACUGCAGCAUCCCGGGGUCUCUCCCGGUGCUGCUGGAGCUGAGGGAGAGCAGCAGCGAGGCGGGUUCCAGCUCCCAGACACCCCAGUCCCCCGAAGGGCCUGACGAGUUCUUUGACACCCAGGAAUCAAUGGACUUGUGGAAGGACAGCCCGGACAGCAUACCCCAACCGGGGUCGCCCCUGGAGGUGGGAGCCGCUAACGCGACGGAGCCUUAGACACCGUGGGGACUGUUCUCCAGAUGGUUCUGUAAACCGCUGAUCAUGUGUUUAAUUUAGGGUAGCGGGACACUAGACCACGUCGUUCCUCUCUUCUGGCUGUGGAUGGACUGGAUGUUAGCGAAACCAAAACGGUUAGCUGAACAUCCUGCUUCUCCAUCACAGAUUUGUGUGAUCGCUUUUCCAUAAUCGGAGGCCAGGUGUGGCUGCAACUGACACACACCUGAAUACUGACCGCACCAAUCGCACACCAGUCACACUAGCACUCGCCUCUGAUGGUCCCACUGCCCGGUCCAUUCAGCAUGACCAAAAGCCACUUGUUGUAAAGUGAAGCUUCAGAGUCGUCUUUUUUUUUUUUUUUUUUUUUUUUUUUUAAACCUCAGAAGUCUCUGAUGCUGUUACUUCGAAGUGUGGACAGAAACCUUCAGCUCUUACUCAUCAAGCCCAUGCCCCUGGAAAAACUCCAGCCUCCAGAUCUGUCCCCCAUAAUCUUUCUUUUGACUUCUGAGACAAGCUGACGGUUGUUCUUCUGGUGGGGGGGGGGGGGCAAGGGGUCGUGCCAACACUGACCUGCCAGUCCCCUUUUUGUUGAUGGGACAUUCCUGACUUGGAGAAAGCUGCUGCUUUUACGAGGAACGUGGGGGACAGAGUCCCGAACUGAGCGCCAAGUGAAUUAACCAGAGAAACGACCUCGUCUUCUGUUUGACCCGUGAGAUGACUGGUUGGCCUUUCAGGGUUGUUUUGUUGUUUUCUUAACAGAUGCCGGCUUGCUCUGCCUCUGUUUGCACCCCGCGUUAAGAACCUGAUGGGGUUGAUGAGGAGUUUUGCGGCCCCCGGUUCUACCUGUACUAUAGAGGUGUUCUCAGACUAGAUCCAUCAUACAUGCACUGCUGACUGCCAAAGUCUUUAAACCUCACUGAAGAUUUAAUGUAAAGAAAUCGUUAUGGGAUCUCACAGCGAAAAACAAAGUUAAUUUAUUUUAAGAUUGCAACGGGAGAACCUUUGGUGUUUUAAUACCAUCGAAUGAGAUGAACAGAAUCCGCUUGUACCAUAGCCAUUGUAUAUUUUUGUAAACGAUCGCCUAAUUAUGUAGAAAAACCAGAAAGCUAAUGGUUGAUUUUAAUCACUGAACAGACGGGCGGGGCAUUUUUAGAUUGUUCUCUGUGGUUUUAAUGUGGAAAGUGCAAAAGGCUCCACAAGGUUGUGGCUGGGUGUGUUUGGAGCCGUGGGAGUCGAGGUUUGUGAGUGACAAAAAUGGGAUUGUAUUGCGGCGAUAUGAUGCGAUGAAUUGUGACGUACUGUAGAAACGAUUGUCUGUGUGGAACACGUGUUUGCUGUCGACUGUGCUGUUUGUGGAGUCCCGUUCCCCAGUCAGAAGGCCGAAACACGUGAGAUGACAAUCGGAUCAAGACUUCUUCUUGAGGGGUGCUGUUUCAAAACAUAUGCGCUGUAUGCUAAAAAAAAAAAAUUAUAGAAAUAUAUAUAUAUAUAAAUAUAUAUAUGCUCAUUUGGGUUUUAGAGAUCAGUGUCUGUCAGUCAGUGAGGAGGAAUCUACUAUUUGCUGAUGAUAAGCUACUUGUUGAUCAGACUGAAGACCUCUACUAGGAGCUCCUGCAGCAGCUCUCUUGAAAGCUUUGUGUUCUGGGAUGCGCUUACAUUUAAAAUGUCUGCCAUAUUUCAGCCCAUCUGACAGCAUGGAUUCAGUUAGGAUGAAUCGGUGCCCGCUUUCCUUACAUCUGCGCUAUCGGCCGAGUGGGUUUAAUGAGUCCCCGUGGCUUCAUUUCCACAAAUGCAGUUUUCUUGCUAACUUGACCAUGUUGGGAAUAAAAUGUCCUU